CAAAUAUCGAGUGGAGGGAAAGAUGAUGUGCGGAGCGGACGCAGAGUGGCAGUUUUCACCUCGUGGGCGGGAACCUUUAGCGACCUUCCAGAUUGCGGCUUUGAGGGUGCCGUCGUUCCUCUUCCACCUGCAGAGAGGGAACUCUGGUUUUACGAAGGAAACAUUUCCCGCUCCCCUGAAGGCUCUUCUCGAGGACCCCAGCAUCAUCAAGGCUGGUGUUGCCAUCAACACGGAUGCCACGCAUAUGCUCAACGACUAUGGCGUGAAAAUGGCGAGCACGGUGGGCCUGCGUGUCCUCGCCGUGUCCAAGUUGGUGGUGACAUCGUCUCAAACACUCGCCGGCUUGACGGCGUGCCUCCUGGGGAGGCAGCUGCCGAAGGAUACCGUCCGAUGCUCCCGUUGGGGGAGCGCUCAACUCUCCGUUGAACAGCGAGACUGCGCCAUCAGGGACGCCGUUGCCUCGGCACUCUUUUACGAGGCCAUCCACACGAACAAGGACCCGAUCACGUCCGUGCCUUCUUCACCGUUCGACCCGGCUGUCGGCUUGAAGGUGAGCGCCUACGCAUUGUGGUAUCGGCCGUACUUUGAUGUGGACCGACAACAACAGAUCAUGGCAGGUUCAAAAUUUGUGCUGAAACCCAAGCAACAACGCUUGCCCUCGUUCUUUUGCCCUCUGCGCGUACUACAGGUGCGCCUCUACAACGCCAGCCAUUCCGCCUGCGUGGCGGUAGGUCACGUGGUGUCCGACGCCACCGUGGAGGCCGCCCUUCGUCACUGGCAAAGUUCUGCUAAGCUACAGGGUCUUUCCGGGAGCAGGCAGCGGGAUGGCGUGGUUGUACGGGGCUCCGGGGCGGGAGGUGACCCGGUAGAGGGGUCGCCGAUCUCGGCUGGGCCUGGGGCGGGGGCGGCGGGGGCGGCGCGGGCGGCGUUGCCGCAGUUCAGGGCCUGCAUCGAAUGCGGACACCACAAGGGUGCAUACCCUGCUGAACACCCUGGGAAUCGCCGUGGACAUAAGGCGAAAGGUUCAGCGCCCCAGCCCGACCUUGAACCGGCGAAAAAUGUUUAGUGGACCAGAGCUUGCGGCGGCCAGAGUCGGACAAAGUCUGGAACCCUAAGCACAGAAAGAGGACGUUUCUGCCCUGCCCGUGCGAUGUAUGCAAGGGCUCAUACGCACACGUGGAGGAUGGUGAUAGUUAGCCUGUACUGCCGGGUCGAGAAGAGCUGGACUCAUGUAAAAAAAAGUAACUAUUUGCCUACCGGUUCGAAAGGCCGUUCGGUCAGAGUGCACUAGUUGUACGGCAGUCGCCCAGAAUUUCGGAUGGUAAAGGAAAUUAACAAACGGCCCACGAUUGAGACAUCAGAUACACCACGGCUGCCCAGGCGAUGUGUGCGUGUGUGUGUG